AUGGCGGUCACGGCAUCAAAGGUGGCGGCCAAAGUGGCUCGGUGGCGCCGGCUCGAGAAGGUGGUGACGACAGCGCGGCGAGCGCGGCCUGCACAUGCAUCGGUUGCUGAGGGAGAUCGAGAAGAAAAGAGGAGCUUGCUGCUUGGUGCAGAGCAGCAGCAGCAGCAGUUGUUUUCCUCCUCUUGGUCACCGGUUCAAGAUUUGAAGGCUAGUAGCAGGCUGCAAACUGUUUUCUCUUCUUCGGUGACAACAGCUCGGUGUCUUUGCUUCCCUGUUUUGAUUUGGAGAAUCCGGAGAGUACCGAGCCAUAUCCAGAGGAGGAUAGUGACUACCCUCAGCAGGAAGGUGAGGAUUCCGGGUAUGAGUUGUGCUUCUUGUGUGGUCACUGCUCUGCCGGGGGUGGCGAGGGCAGUGAGUGAUCCCUUCUCUUGCAGCUUGGCUCUUGCCCGGUUGGUUUGCCCUUGUGGGGUUGUGGCACCACCGGCUUCCGUUUUAUGCUUAUGAGCUUUAUUUGAGUCUUCCGCUGCUACUCAUUCUGUGUAUGUUGGGACCUUGGACCCUAUGUUGUAUCAUGUACCU